GACCAGAAAACCCUUCUCUCCGUCUCGGAUCGGAAGGUGGACAUUUGCCCUCUCAGUCUCCAAGAAUCGCCGCCGAAAAAGAGAACCAAAUAGACAAAAAGAAUCAAAGACAACCGGUACCCAUUUUUCUUUAACCGUCAAUGCAAGACCCCCGCCACCGCCGUGGCCGCCACGGAGCUAAAACGCACCGGCCGGCGUUGGCUUACCUCGGCCCUGGUCAGGCUGCUUUCAAGAUCGUCUGCCACGCUUCCGCGGUCAGCGGCGUGAUCGGCGCCUCCGGCUCCGUUGUUUCCCAGAUUCGCCGGGAAACCUCCUGCAUUGUCAGCUGCGAGGAGCUGGCCGAGGGGGCGGAGCACCGCGUCUUCGUCGUGGUCGGCUCGGCCACCCCGGAGCGGCGGCUUCUGUUGAGAGCGGCGGAGGACGAACAAGGGUCCGGCGAGGAGCUCGUUUCGGACGCGCAGGAGGCGGUUCUGAGGGUCGUGGAGAGGAUGUGGGAAGUCUGCCGCCUUAAAUGGCGAGGGAAGGCGGUGGGCGGCGGCGGCGGCGGAAGUAAUGAAGGGUUUUGUGGGCUGUUAGUCGACCGGCAGCAGGUUGGUAUCGUUGUGGGUAAAGGUGGGAGGACGAUAACCAGGAUGAAGUCAAUCAGUGGGGCCCAUAUCAAUAUUUUGCCGGCUCCGCCCUGUGCUUUGCCGGACGAGCAAUUGAUUCAGAUUACUGGUUCGGUUUUGGCUGUGAAGAGAGCAAUUGUUGUAGUCACUGCUUGUCUUCAAGCUUGCUCUCCAACUGAAAGGGACCCAUCCCCUAUUCCAGUGAGACCUAUAGAGAGAUCUUCCUCUAAAACAUCUUUUGACCAACAUUUGGAGUUCUUUCCACAUCUUGGCUCAAAUUUGCCACCUUUGAAUUCCGCCGAUACUAAUUACUCGACAAAUGGUGAUGGUGGGAGGCGGGAAGUUUCAUUCAGACUCCUUGUCUCCAAUAAUGCCGUGGGAGGCAUUAUUGGCACAGGAGGGUCCAUAGUUAAGUCUCUGCAGAAUCAAACUGGUGCUUGUAUCAGAUUCGCAGCUCUAAAGACCUGGGGUGGGGAGAGGGUGGUCACUGUUUCAGCAUUGGAGACUCUGGAAUGUAGGUCUUCCCCUGCACAGACUGCUACAGAUCUGGUGUUUGCUAGAUCUAUUGAGAGUGAGUUUGAAAAGAUGCAUUUAUCAUCGGCCUUAACUGAUGGCACUCAUGUCAAAGCGAGGCUCAUACUGGAUAUGGAUCAUGUGUAUUUCCUUGGUGGUUGCAAUGAGAUGAUUGAUGCAGAAGCUUCCAAAGGUGCUACUAUUGGAUUACAGGCAUUGGAGGAUUCGACUACUGAUUUUAUUCUAGAGAUUAGAGGAGAAUAUAAAAAUGUUCGAAAUAGUCUUUCUCGGAUUAUUGGCAAACUGAGGGACAGUGUAUUUCCACGAGAUAUGAUUGAGGUGGCAACAGCUAGAAGCUCGAAGGUAGGAGUGAGCGAUGUUACUUCUACAUUUCUGAAACCCGGUCAAGGUGAACAAUCCGGUGACAUUCAAGAGAAUCUCUCCAGAGGAGGAAGUACUACUGCCAUCAAAACUACUAAUGAUCCUGCUAGCUUGGCAUCUCCCAGUAAGGUAUCAGAACUCGAAAGGUGCAUGCGCUUUCUUUUGCCGAGGGGAGUGCUGAAAGAGGUAGAAAGAGAGGUUCCUGGUGGAGGAUCAAAUGAGAACAAGCCUCUUCAGUCUCAUCCUGAAGCUCGCAAUGCUGCUAACACUUCCAAUAAAACUUUCGUAACACAAGGGGACAUUCAACUCGGAUUCUCUGACUCCAGAAGCACUUCUUUAUCAGGAUUUCAGUCUGCUCGAGGAAAUACAGUCACAAUUACAGAUAGUGAAGACCACUCUACUACACCGACACCUACGGAGCAUGAGAGAAAGAAUAUGGCUUUAGUAGCGAGUGAAACUAUAGAGGUUAGAAUAUCUGCAGCAGCUAUCAAUGCUGUCUACGGCAAGGAUGGAAGCAAUCUGGAUCACAUAAGAAAGAUUUCAGGUGCUAAAGUUGGAGUACUUGAUUAUUAUCCUGGGAAAAGUAUGACGAUUGUGAUAUCUGGAACACACGUUGAAGUUAAGGUGGCUCACAGCUUAGUUCAAGCCAACAUCCUACUUGCUCAAUGACAUCAUGUCUGUUCCUUCUUGUCUACUAAUCACCCGCUUCAGCUGCCACUUUUUUGACUCCUGUCAGCUGAAUUUUCGGAACACCAUGAAUGGAGAGUUGAUGCAGCCAUUCUCAAAGCAUCAAGGAUUCUUAGCUGAGAGAGAGGGGGAGUGUAUAACUGUAUAUACACAGUACAGUAACGGUAUCAUUCAUUUUGCCAGUGGAAGAGUUGAGUGUACAUGAUUAACUUCACCGGCUGAUAUUUUUGCCCUUAGCGGGCUUGAUUCAAUCCGAGGAAAUGAU